GAGACAUGUCGAACGGAAAAUAGAAAGAACUGGAAAGUAGCAGUAGACAUUUUUCGAUAUUUUGCAUAAUAAUUUUCGAUGUGUUUUUAUUCCAGUACACCGAUAAAGGGUCAGUUCUGACUUCCUCUUUGUGGUACAUGUUUCUCAUCUAACCAAACAUGACGGAGGACAUGUUGGGUGCGGAUAUUUGCAGGGUCUGUCGAUCCGAAGGCCUUGCAGACAGACCUUUAUUUCAUCCAUGCAUUUGCACGGGUAGUAUUAAAUGGAUACAUCAAGAAUGUCUGGUUCAAUGGAUGCGUUACUCACGUAAAGAAUACUGCGAACUUUGUGGCUACCGCUUUUCAUUUACACCUAUAUAUAGUCCAGACAUGCCACGCCGUUUACCGUUAAGAGAUGUCGUAGGUGGUUUAUUUUCAAGUAUUGUCACUGCUGUCAAGUAUUGGUUACAUUACACGCUAGUGGCAAUUGCAUGGCUAGGAAUUGUUCCUCUAACAGCGUGCCGCACAUAUAGAGCUCUUUUUAGCGGUCCGCUUGAUUUAGUUCGAAUAAUGUCGUUACCGAUGGAUAUGCUCUCCACUGAAAAUAUUUCAUCGGAUGUAUUUCACGGUUGUUUUGUAGUUACCUGCACCUUAUUUGCGUUUAUCGGUUUAGUAUGGCUACGCGAACAAAUUUUACACGCGGGUGGACCUGACUGGCUCGAGAGAGACAAUGUACAGUUGCCCCCAGUUGAUAAUCCGCCGCAAGCAAACGCACAACAGCCACAACAGCCUCAAGAACAACGUGCUAUGCCUCAAGAAGUUCAGGAAAACAAUAAUGUCCCUCCUUUUGUUGACCCACCUAUUCCACAAGAGGGAGAGUUACAUAACGAAGAUCAGCGUCCUGCAUACCCAGAAGUGGCAGAAAACUUAGCCAAUAAUCCACGAAUCGGUGAACCCGAAGAUUUGAGAGAUGUACAAGCACCAAUUCCUCCUGCACCACCUCUUCCAGAACUCAACCUCCAGAGAAUCAGAGACGAACUUGGUGCAGAUGGUGCACAAAUAAAUGCUGUAGGUGGUGUGCACGUACUUUGGGAAGCACCGAGAGAACAAGCACAGGGUGAAGCUGAGGAAGCCAAUUGGAAUCCUAUGGAGUGGGAUAGACCUGCUGAGGAAUUAACAUGGGAACGUCUCUUAGGAUUGGACGGGUCUCUCGUCUUUCUCGAACAUGUCUUCUGGGUUGUAUCCCUAAAUACAUUAUUUAUCAUGGUAUUUGCUUUUUGCCCGUAUCAUAUUGGUCAUUUUACUAUAGCGGGUUUAGGAUUACAAGAACACGCGGCGGCGUCACACUUUGAAGGCUUGGUGACAACAUUAUGCGGUUACUGUGUUAUUGGAGUUUGUCUAGUGGUCCUCCAUACUCUUGCUGCUCUCUUAGGCUUUCAGCGUUCCCAGCGAAUCUUAGGGCUUUGUUAUGUUAUCGUCAAAGUCUCUUUACUCUCCGUCGUGGAGAUUGGCGUACUUCCAUUAGUUUGUGGUUGGUGGUUGGAUAUUUGUUCGUUGGCAAUGUUCGACGCCACCCUUCGAGAUCGAGAGUCCUCAUUUAGACUCGCUCCCGGCACGUCUAUGUUCAUUCAUUGGCUGGUGGGAAUGGUCUACAUAUAUUAUUUUGCAUCGUUUAUUCUUCUCUUACGCGAAGUUUUGCGACCCGGAGUUCUCUGGUUCCUGCGAAAUCUGAACGAUCCUGAUUUCUCUCCUAUACAAGAGAUGAUACAUCUUCCCAUCCUGCGACACGUACGGCGAUUAGUCGCGUCCGCGAUCAUAUUUGGCACGGCGAUUUUACUCAUGUUGUGGCUGCCUGUAAAAAUUCUGCGAUGGGCUUGGCCAGGAUUUUUGCCCUACACUGUGACCGUACAAAGCGAAGCUCAGGUCAGCGAACUUUCAUUGGAACUGCUUCUACUACAAGUGAUCCUUCCCGCGCUAUUAGAACAAUCGCAUACACGUACAUGGUUAAAGGCUCUAGUGAGAGCGUGGUGUCGCGUAGUAGCAUGGAUGCUGGAUCUGCAGUCGUACUUGUUGCGUGAUCAGACGGACGAUCCGGGAUUAGCGGUCAUCGAAGAACCACAACAUCCGGACUUGGGCGCUGCGCAUCAAGCAUUAUUGCAGCGAGAGGGACCUACAGGAUUUCAGCCUUACACCAGGCCACGAUGGUUUCCCGCACGAUUGGUCGGGCUUUUGUUCUGCGUUUGCGUGUCUCUCGUGAUCGCUAGUUUAAUCGCUAUGACGCUACCCGUAUGGCUUGGACGUAGAGUAAUGGCGUUAUGGAUGGUAGGGGCACCUGCUCCAUCGCCGCCUGUUUUACCACCUGCAGUGACCGGUUCCGAUGGUGGUGAGACUGUAGGCUCUCUUUCCGGAAGAGUACACGAAGUAUAUACAGUAGCAUGUGGAACGUACGUCUGUUGGGCCGCGGCACGAGGUUUAGCGCUGGCCUUCUCUUGGUUACCUCGUGGUCGCAGAGCAAUUAUAGAUCGAAUUAAACACUGGGCGAUAUUGGGUGUGAAAGCCUCGGUGGCAUUCGUAUUACUUGUCGGUGUCAUACCACUUUUAUUUGGUCUUCUUCUCGAAUUAGUGGUGGUAGUUCCAUUGCGUGUUCCGUUGGAGCAAAAUCCUAUCCUGUUCAUCUGGCAAGAUUGGGCUCUGGGCGUAUUGUAUACGAAGAUUGCUACUGCUGUCACGAUGAUGGGGCCCGAUUGGCGAAUACGUCUCGCUAUUGAACGAGCAUACAAUGAUGGCAUAAGAGAAAUGGAUCUAAAAUUUGUCGUCAAGGAAUUGGCAGCUCCCGUCAUAUGUUGCUUUGGCCUUGCCCUUGCAGUUCCUUACGCCGUGGCCUAUGGAAUAGUUCCGCUUUUUGUGACCAAUCUGCAAACUCAGAUCCUCAUUGCCAGACGUUUAUAUCCUUUUCUUCUUUUAGUGAAUCUGGUCUGUGUAGUGAUCUAUUUUCAGAUACGCCAAUUCAAGAAGCUGUACGAGCAUAUUAAGAACGACAAGUAUCUCGUAGGACAAAGGCUCGUCAACUACGAACAUCGUAACAAAUCGCAACAACAAUCUCAAAGGUCAAGCUAACAACAUCAGUAAUAUUAUACAAAACAUUAUGGUGAAAGAUGAAUUCUAGGAUUAGCUUCGUGUACAUUCUGUAACAACUACUUACUGAUCAAUCGUUUAUAUUAUAGUCACGAUUUUAUUUUUAAUAUUAUAAUUUAUUUAUGUAAAGCGAUACUGAAUAAAUCAAAAAGACUGUUA